CUUGGGGUGCAGAGAAGGCUCUAGUUGGUUUUGAAGGCAGUUGAUUCUGCAGCACGGGCUCGUUGAUGUCAACGGGGGAGUCAGAAUCGAAGGAUAAGUAAAAAUGGGGAGGCAGCACAUCUCGGCACACUGGAGGGCUGGGUCAGCGCACCGUUUCCUCAAGCCUCUGGUCACCAGGCACGCGCCACGAAAGUGACAAAGUGACGGAGGCCCAACUACUGCUACUCUUAGAACCGCACCGCACCGCGCUCAAUUUGUGCGGGCCACAGAUCCCAGCAGGCGCUACGCAAUGCGGCAGUGCGCAGGCGCGCCCCACAGCUCCGCCCUCUCCCAGGUUUCUUCCUCUCGCGCUGGGCCCAGUUCCGGCCGAGACCCACGACGCCGACGGGACAGGUUGCUCUUAAAGGAGAAACGGCGGCGCACGGAAGGUGGGCCCCGUCUUCCCCGGCCUCUCUCCGCUGGGCGUGGCGGCACCCCCCCCCUCCCCCGGGGCGCAGGCCCCUAGCCCAUGGCUGCCUCCACGGCAGACGCGUCCCACAGGCGGCGGGAGAAGCGGCGGCAGCUGGACGCGCGCCGCAGCAAGUGUCGCAUACGCCUGGGCGGCCACAUGGAACAGUGGUGCCUCCUCAAGGAGCGGCUGGGAUUCUCCCUGCACUCGCAGCUCGCCAAGUUCCUGCUUGAUCGGUAUACUUCUUCAGGCUGUGUGCUCUGUGCAGGUCCCAAGCCUUUGCCCCCCAAAGGUCUGCAGUAUCUGGUUCUCCUAUCUCAUGCCCACAGUCAAGAGUGCAGCCUGGUGCCUGGGCUGAGGGGGCCUGGGGGCCGAGAUGGUGGACUUGUGUGGGAGUGCUCAGCAGGCCACACCUUCUCCUGGGGCCCCUCUUCAGGCCCCACACCUCCAGCGGAGUCCAAGCCAGCCCUCCUCCCAAGUACUUCCCAGAGAACCUGGUGCCCAGAGGCCAGGGGUGGGCAGGAGCCUACAGGUUUGGAAUCUGAGCAUGAGAAGAGGACUCAGGAGGCGAGGGUGCUCAGGGGAAUGCAACCCCCACCAGACUUCUUUCUGCCCCCAGGAGAAGACGAGGGGGGUGAUGCAGAUGAGAGUGAAGAGGAGAUGCUCAGUGAUGCCAGCCCAUGGACCUAUAGCUCUUCCUCAGACAACUGUGAGCCAGAUGGCCCCAGACUCCUUCCUUCCCCUGUUACCCAUGCACUUAAGGAGGCAGAGAUAGCCCUGGACCCUGCAGCUGCCCCUACUUCUCUGGCUGGACCACCCUCAUCAGCACCUGCAGUGAGUCCUGGAGCUUCUCUGCCUGUGGAAGGUGGGGUAGAGCUGGAGCUCAAUCGAACCCCUCAAGUGGCCCAGCAAUCUGAGCCCAUGGCCAGCCCUGGGAGUCAGGCCCAGUCUUCUCUGGUUGUAGCCUGGGACAAGGACCAUGCACAGAUCGGCCCCAAGAGAAUUCGGAAAGCUGCCAAAAAGGAGCUGCUGCCUUGUGACUUCCCUGGCUGUGAAAGGAUCUUCUCCAACCGGCAAUAUUUGAAUCACCACAAGAAGUACCAGCACAUCCACCAGAAGUCCUUCUCCUGCCCAGAGCCAGCCUGCGGAAAGUCCUUCAACUUCAAGAAACACCUGAAGGAGCAUGUGAAGCUGCACAGUGACACUCGGGACUACAUCUGUGAAUUCUGCGCCCGGUCUUUCCGCACCAGCAGCAACCUGGUCAUCCAUCAGCGCAUCCACACUGGAGAGAAACCACUGCAGUGUGAAAUCUGUGGGUUCACUUGCCGCCAGAAGGCCUCCCUGAACUGGCACCGGCGCAAGCACGCAGAGACAGCAGCCACCCUGCGCUUCCCCUGCAAGGUCUGUGGCAAGCGCUUUGAGAAACCAGACAGCGUUGCAGCUCACUGCAGUAAAAGCCAUCCUGCUGUGCUCCUGGCCACAUCAGAGCAACUUGACCAGGUGGAGCCCUGUCCUAGCAUCUCUGCCCCUACACUCCUGGGGUCCAGGGAUGAGUGCAGGCCCCCUCGGGUUCUGCAGGCUCUGACCCUGCUUCCUAAGCAGUGACCACAGGGAAUGAAGAGGAGAAAGGCCAGACACCUGGUCCCUGGGAACUAGGGAAGAAGGGCAGGACUGGAUUCCAGCACAGCCAGACUACAGUAGUCUUCCUUCGAGAGAGAAUAAACCCAGUGUUUUACAUGGA